UGAGUUCAAAGACAAUGUGUACAUGUAUGAUAAUGACGGAACAUCAAGUCUUAUAACCUCAAGUGUGCUACGAUUAGACGUAAAAACAGCUGAGCAACGCGUUACAGCUAAACAUAUAACUUUUGAACAAAAGGUCAUUACUCCAAAACCAAUACAUAUCACACCUCAUGUGGACCAGGAAGACGCCUCUCAAUUUAUGUACCAUAAAUUCCUGUAUCAAAAAAGUACUGACAGUGUUUGUGUCGUUGUUCAACCUCUCGGAAAUCAGGAUCUAAAAAGUUAUCUUAUUUAUAUAAAAUUCAGCGAACCUCCUUCUCUAAUUGAUUAUGAUCUCAAAUUCCGUGUGUUUGAAAACACGAAUUGGCAAGCGUGCAUUGAUUCACAUCGUAUGAAAGGACACACUGGAGUUACCUAUUUGGCAAUAAGUUUUCAAGGAAUUAGUGUAUCCAAAACUGACACAGGGAGCUUACAAAGGAACAUUUCAGAACCAGAAGAAGACAAAACAUUUGAUUAUAACAUAACGAUAGCAACAAUGGGAUGCCUUACAUGGGAAGAGGAAAAAUCACAAUGGAAUGCAAAGAAGUGCCAGCUUAUUGAUUGGUUGCGGGAAGAUGUCAAAAUUGUUUGUCUUUGUCAAGGAUUGGCCGAUAUGGUUUUUGGAAAUUCAUUCUUUGUUGCUCCAAAUGCUAUUGAUUUUUCAACCGUUUUUCUAAAGUUCUCCCCAUUAAACCAAGCUGCUGUUCUCGGUACCCUUGCUGGACUCUUCACCAUCUACAUAAUUUCAGUGAUUUUUCUUGCUCGACUUGACAGAAAAGAUAAAUUAAAGUGGGUUAUAACACCACUUCGCGACAAUUACAUCACUGAUCAAAACUUUUAUGUAAUAAGAGUUUUUACGGGCAUGCGUAGAGGAGAUGGUACAAGGUCUCGUGUUGCUUUUCAUUUGAGCGGUGAAUAUGACAUAUCCGGUAAUCGAGAAUUAUUUGAUGGUAUAAGAGAGGAGUUUAGCACUGGCAGUGUAAUGUCAUUUAUAAUGUCGACGUAUAAGGAUCUUGGUGAUUUGCAGAGUCUUCAUAUAUGGCAUGACAAUAGUGGAAAUGGCAAUUUUGCAUCAUGGUACCUUAAUCAAGUUGAUGUGUAUGAUUUGCAACGACAAAACACAUAUUCUUUUCCUUUCGAGACCUGGCUGUCUAUUGAAACAUGUCUAGAAGCUAAGCUAUCGCCGGUACCAACAAACCAACCAUUAGAUUUGGAAUCUAGAUUCUUUGGUAAUUUGAGACAUAGACUUUCAGAAGGGCAUAUGUUUAUAUCAAUAGUUUAUCGACCAGCAAUGAGUGUUUUUACACGUGUUCAGCGUGCGUCAUGUGCGCUCGUGUUUAUAAUGCUAAACGUGUUAGCAAACGCAUUAUAUUUCAACCCGGAGCCUAAUUACCAGACACCAGCAUUGAUUCAAAUAGGACCAUUCCGAUUUACAUCACAACAGAUAUACAUAUCUAUAGUCUGUGCCUUGUUUACAACUAUACCGGUAUGUUUCCUCAUCGAACUUUUUAAAAGAACAAAGAGAAAACAGGAAACAACUGGCAAUAUACGCUGCAGCUGUUGCCUUCAAAGUCAUUGUUGUCAACAUAGUGCUAAAUAUCAAUACAGGACAAAUGAGAAGGUACAGAAUGAGCAAUUACUGAACUUAGCGUCGUUUCUGAUGGAAUCAGCACAGUCGGAAUACAGUUUACUACUACCACAUGGAUUUAUAUAUAUAGCGUGGUUUGUUGUUGCUGGAGGAACGAUAACUCCUGCAUUUUUUGUUCUGUUGUACAGUAUGGAAUGGGGCAAACAGAAAUCUGAGGAGUGGCUGACAACAUUGACCAUGUCUUUACUGGAAUCAAUUUUACUAAUAGACCCUUUUGUCGUCAUAUGCAUUUCCCUCAUUCUUGCUGUCAUCCUACGUUCAAGAACUCUAAGAAUGGAAUCUAGCGCUACCAAAACUGUCGCCAAAUAUCGGCAGAGUCUCGGUGGAGACGAAAACACCGUUUCAUCGAGUUUGACAGUGCUGAAAUCUAUUGUGACAGAGUUUAAGUCUUUUGAAUUAAAACCUAGAAAUGUUUCAACGCCUGUUCAGGGAGAUAAUCUUAAACAAGCGCAAGAAAAACACCGGCAAUACAUAAACUUUCAUAGAAGUUUGAAGGACAUUAAAUUAAACCUUGUUUUUAUUAUCAUUGUGUCAGUAAUCUGCUAUUCCAACAGAGAUGUCAGGUCGUUUCUACAUCACACGCAUCUUGGCAAUAGACUUGUAACACCACGUCAUACCCAACAGUUUAACUCGAUAAAGUCACCAAAUGAUUUGUUUAAGUGGAUAAAUGACACAAUGAUUCCUUACUUAUUCCGUGAACAUGACGAGUACGGUAUGGUCUUACACUGGACAGAGCGACAAUUCACAUAUGAUCAUCAUCUAAGACUUGGGCCGCCAAGACUACGACAGCUGCGAACUAAACAAGUUACUUGUGACAUACCUUACAUCGACCGGACAUCUUGUUUUGGUGGAUAUCAAAUAUGGAAUGAAGAUGACGAAAACUACUGUAUUGGAUGGAAAAACUACCCAUGCAGCUUAACAGAGGCUGUCUAUAAUGUGACAUCUUCAGCAUGGAAAUUCCAAUCGUCUUUAGGUAUCUGGGGGUUACCUUUGACAGGAUACUAUACAACAUAUGGUGGCGGAGGUUAUAUAGCAUCACUUCAUGUUAAUCUCAAUUAUUCUAUCGCCACUAUCAACGAACUGUAUAAAAACCUAUGGAUUGAUCGCCAAACUCGAGCUGUGAUCGUAGAAUUUACACUUUAUGAUGCGUCUACAAACUUGUUCGUUGACAAUAUGUUUAUGAUAGAGUUUCCCCAAACAGGUGGUGCAUUUACAACGUAUAACACAUACCCAUUACGUGUUUAUCCACACCAUGGGGCUGCAGGAACUUGGACACUUGUAUGUGAAAUAUUGUUUGUGCUUUAUAUUACAUGUUUCUUCAUCCGAAUUUGUCUGCGACUUUACCGACUACGAUCUGAGUACUUCAAAAUAUUUUGGACUGUAUAUGAUCUUGUCAUUUUUCUUGUUGCAGCGACAGCCAUGAUUUUAUUUUGUUUUCGGCUACGAUUCUCGUUUGAAACGAUCAAGAAGUUUAAACAGGAUAAUAAACUUUAUGUGAACUUUAGUCAUAUUGUGUUUUGGGAUCAAGGUUUUGUGCUGGCUCUAGGUGUGUUAGCAUUUCUAGCCACAAUAAGGAUGCUCGAGGUACUGUCUACACUUAAACAUUUGAAAGCAAUCGUGGAUAUCUUCAGAAAAUGUGGCAAAGAUCUGUUUUGGUAUGGCAUAACAUUUGUCCAGAUUUUUGUCGGGUUUUGCGGAUUGGCAUUGCUUCUCUUUGGUUCGCAGCUUGAAUCGUACAGAAACGUAUACCAGUGUAUGGGAACAUUAUAUAUAGCAAUGAUUGGAAAGAGUAGGUUCACAGAAAUAAAUGAAACAAACCCCGUACUGGCGAAAGUUUUCUUCAUGUUAUACAUUCUGAUUGUCGUUUAUUUUUUCCUUACCCUUUUCCUCGCCAUUCUUGGAGCAAGCAUCGACGAAGUGGUUCAACAAAAUCGCACAGGUCCGGAUCACGAUCUUAUAGCAUACAUGAUAAGUAAAAUCAAACACUUUAUAAAUAAACCAGAACUAAGCAUGAAAAAGCAGCGAGAGAGAACAGCGAAAACCGCUCCGACAUCAGCAAACAAGUAAAAUACUGAAAAUAACUCAAAUACUUUUAGACUGAAUGUUCAUGACAUAGAGGAAUCAUGCAUGUCACACUUAUAUUAUAUUUUUUAAUAAGUUUAAUGAUAUUUUGGGAUAGUCGUCCCAGAACUGUUAUGUUGACAGUUUAUUAUAAAACUAUAUGUUACAGAAUGAGUUGUUCAGAUAUCAAAAAUUGUUUUAAAUUGUGUGAGAAUUAGAACAUUUUUUUUAAAUGUAAAAUUUAAAAAUGUAAAAUCAACCACAUUGCAUAUUUAUAAUUUUAAAACUUUAUGAUUGUUAAAAGAAAAUACCACGGUUACAAAAAUAUUCCUCGCAUAUAUAUACAACUUUUUGUAUCAUGUACACUUGAAAACCGUUUCACCUAUGGUGGCUGAUCAUGAUUUCUACCAUUUCGUGUCUUCGCCCCUCAAAAUUCGAAGGCGAAAAUACGAAGUCACGAUAAUAUGCUUACUUAUUAUGUCAUUGUUUACGGCUUUUUGGGCGCUGAUACUAAAAUGAGAUAUUUUAAUGGCGAAAUAACGAUAUUUAAAUAGGCAAAGACACGAGAAUUUAUCGAGUCCCCAAAUUUGCCAAUUUUUUGAGUCCCAAAAGUCGAAGACACAGUAAACUGGUCAAUUACCGUAUCUUCGCCUUUCGCAUUUUUAGGCGAAGAAACGACGACACGACGCAUAGGGCGCCGAUACAAAGAUUUCUUCCCGCCGACACGAUGAUUCUGCAGAAAAUAUCGUGUCUUCGCCUAUUUAAAAAUAGUUAUUCCGCCAGAAAUAUAUUGUGUCUACGUGUCGGCGCCCUCAAAAGUCAAAGGCAAAAACACGUAGAUAUGAAAUUCCAGAAAUCAGCUACCAAAUGCACCUGUCAUAAUCUCGUGCGAGUCGAAGUUUUCAUUUAUGUAUGAUUGUUUUGUUUAUUUUCAUUGUUCUUAUGGUGGUACACCUAUACAAAAAAUAUAUUAAAACAAAUUCACAGAGGUUUUUUGUACACGACAGAAAAGGAGGUAAUAUUUUGAUAUCUAUGUUUCCUUUGAUGUAGGUCUAGACCAAUAACUUUUCAGAUCACAUUCACUUCGUUUUUCAUUUCACAAUGAAAAAUGACCCUUAAUUGAGAAGUGUUACAACACUUUUCACUCCAAUUGGGAAAAGAAUAGCACAAAAAUACGAAUUUCAAUUUAUUCCUGAGUAUAUUUAUAAAUUAUCUUUUGCGUGUCCUUCUAUUGUAAGGACCCCAGCUGAUCUAUAUAAGAACUUCAAAUUUUAUGUUUUUAUGCUUUUAGAACUUCCUUUAAUAUUUCUAAUUGAUUUCCGUUGAUAUUGAUUGCAAACGAGAUUGUUUCUAAUGCCACCACCAAAUCUAUUAUCAUAUUUGUUGAACUUAUCGUUUGCAGUGAUGUUGCGUCGUAUUUUGAUUUGAAUUUCUGAAAGAACAUGGCCACUGCAUUGCCUCCGCUCUGAGAGUAUCUAAAUAGGCUAAAACUCAUGUAAAAUGCAUGAAAACUUGUGGCACCAAUGCGUUUACAUUAUUUUUUAUGUAUAGUUGUAUUAUCAAUAUAUGUAGAUCUAUUUCAAUCGCCAAUUUAAUAUCAUUUAAACAUGACGUGAAAACGUAUAUUAAGAGACAAUUUUUGCUUGUUUUCGCAACCAAAGCACCCGUUAUUUAAAUCUAAAUGCUGUAAACGUGUAUUGUUUAUAUUUCACUGUUGAUUGUUCAUGUUUUUAUUUAUCUUAAGACCAAUGAAAGGUGUCAAUUUCAAUACAAUGGUCAAGGAUGACGAUCAAUCAUACGGCUAUUAAUUUGAAAAGUAAAAAACACUCAAUUUAUGAUUUUUUUUAGUUUUUUUCCCAACCGAUAUUAUGUCUAUCCUAUUGAAAAUUGUGAGUGCACAGGUUAAAGUCAAUUUGCCAUAAUUUGGUGAAAUUUUGACAUUUUUGAUAUGCACAAAUAAUUCCAUGUGACCAACGGACAUUUAGAUAAAUAUUGUUCGUAAAGCAUUGUAAAUGGUUAAUUUUCAAAAAGGUUGGGACAGUCUUUAGGAAGUUUCUAUAUUCUAUCCUAAACACUUUGCAUUAUUGUUUGUCAAUCAGUAUUAUAAAAGUGAAUCACUUGACACAUAUAUAACUUAUUCAACUCAACUUGACAGCGA